CCGCCCCUUUUUCCCAGGCCGCAGUAGCAAAUCCCACCUUGUGUGACCGCACGUUGAGGCCCCGCCCACUCUCCCUCCUGUUUCCCGGUGCUCUCAACAGCGUGAAGAAGCUUUUUGUCCUCAGAAGGGACUGUUUUCAGGAAAGCAGCGGAUCUCGGAGGAGACGUUUAUUAAAGCAAGAAGGAAAACAGGAAAAUCUCACCACGUUUUAAUGGAUUGAGAAACUUUUUAUGGACGUUUUUGUGGAAUUUAAGUGAGGACUUGUUUACCUGGAUGUAAAAGCGUGAAAGGAGUUUAACGUGUGGAUGCCGUGUGCACUUUUCAGGAAUACUUUUAAAAAUCUGUCUCUGGAUUAAGGAUUACAUUUUCCCCCCCAGUUUUCCAGUCUUUCUUUCCGCUGAAGGAUACGGGUUUUAGCCUAUGAUUGCGUAAUAGCGAGGAAGGAAAGCGCGGCCUUGAGGAGGAGGAGGAGGAGGAGGAGGAAGACGACAACGAAGUGCCAACCUGGAACAUGGUGCCUCAUAUUUGCCCCUCAGUGCCCUUGACGCCUCGCUGGCUUUCUGUCCUGCUUCUGCUCGGCUGUGCGGCCGUUCCCUCCCACGCCGACAGUUUGCCGAGUUUCAUUAAGACUCCGGAGGACCAGACGGGGAUUUCAGGGGGCGUGGCCUCCUUCGUGUGCCAGGCGCUCGGAGAACCCAAACCUCGUAUCACGUGGAUGAAAAAAGGGAAGAAAGUCAGCUCUCAGCGCUUUGAGGUGAUCGAUUUUGACGAUGGCUCGGGUUCCGUACUGCGGAUCCAGCCCCUGCGCACGCACCGAGACGAGGCCAUUUACGAGUGUACGGCCACCAACAGCGCCGGGGAAAUCAACACCAGCGCCAAACUCACCGUGCUGGAAGAGAACCAGAUCCCUCCUGGUUUCCCGAGCAUCGAUAUGGGCCCUCAGCUCAAAGUGGUGGAGCGAACGCGGAUCGCCACCAUGCUGUGUGCCGCCAGCGGGAACCCCGAUCCCGAUAUUUCCUGGUUUAAGGAUUUCCUUCCUGUCGAUAUCAACAGCAGCAGCGGGCGGAUCAAGCAGCUUCGCUCAGGAGCUCUGCAGAUAGAGAACAGUGAAGAAUCGGACCAGGGAAAAUAUGAGUGUGUGGCGACGAACAGCGCCGGGACGCGUUACUCCGCCCCCGCCAACCUCUACGUCCGAGUACGGCGGGUGCCUCCCCGUUUCUCCAUCCCACCCAGCGAUCAGGAGGUGAUGCCCGGAGGCAGCACUAAUCUCACCUGUGUUGCUGUCGGAGCCCCGAUGCCCUACGUCAAAUGGAUGACUGAAGACACCGAGCUCACCAAAGAAGAUGAAAUACCCAUAGGGCGCAACGUUCUGGAACUCACCAACAUCCGCAAGUCAGCUAACUACACCUGCGUGGCCAUGUCCUCUCUGGGGAUGAUCGAAGCCACGGCACAAGUUACAGUCAAAGCUCUCCCCAAACCCCCCACGUCUCUGACUGUAACUGAAACGACGGCCACCAGCAUCACCCUGACGUGGGACUCUGGGAACUCAGAACCCGUCUCCUACUACAUGAUCCAGUAUCGCUCCAAAGCCUCUGACAGCAGCUACCAGGAAGUGGAUGGCGUUGCCACGACGCGCUACAGCAUCGGUGGGUUGAGCCCGUACUCGGAGUAUGAGUUCCGCGUCAUGGCGGUGAACAACAUUGGCCGCGGUCCACCGAGUGACCCUGUGGAGACUCGCACCAGCGAACAGGCGCCUUCUUCUCCCCCGCUGCACGUGCAGGCACGCAUGCUGAGUUCUAGUACCAUGCUGGUGCAGUGGGAACCUCCAGAGGAACCCAAUGGGCAAAUUCGUGGAUACCGCAUCUAUUACACGACAGAUCCGGAGACACAGCUCAGCGCCUGGCUGAAGCACAACACCGACGACAGCCGACUGACCACGAUCUCUGGAUUAACCACCAACAUCACGUACAGUCUCCGCGUCCUGGGCUUCACUUCUGUCGGAGACGGACCGCCAUCUGACAUCCUGCAAAUCAAAACUCAACAAGGAGUCCCGGCACAGCCUUCUGGAUUUGAGGCUGAAGCCGAACCCAACACCGGGAUUAUACUGAAGUGGCUUUGGCCCGUUCAAGAGCCGAUCACGAUGUACGAGCUGCAUUAUUGGGAAACUGGAUCAGACAAUAAGAUCCGUGUCACCUUCAACCCGGCUGGGUCGUACACCGUGAAAGGCCUGAAGCCAGAUACUCUGUAUAAGUUCUCCCUCGCUGCCCGCUCCGAAAUGGGCCUGGGGGUCUUCACCAAGCCCAUCGAAGCCAGGACAGCUCAGUCCACACCCUCAGCUCCACCUCAGGACAUUCAGGUGCUCAGUCUGAGCUCCACCAGCAUUAAGGUGAGUUGGGUCCCGCCUCCUGCUGCCAGCAGGCACGGCGCUAUCGUUCGAUACACCGUGAGCUACCAGGCAGUGAACGGCGAGGACACCGAGCGGCACGAAGUGACGGAUAUUGGAGCGGACGCCACCAGUGUUGUACUAGAGGGUUUGGGAAAGUGGACGGAGUAUGUGGUGCGGGUGAGGGCUCACACUGACGUGGGGCCCGGGCCCGAGAGCACGCCAGUACGCAUCCGAACCAACGAGGAUGUGCCUGGAGCUCCUCCUCGUAAGUUGGAGGUCGAAGCUAUAAACUCGACGGCUAUCCGCGUGACGUGGAAACCACCGCUCUCUGGAAAACAGCACGGUCAGAUCCGAGGAUAUCAGGUGAUUUACUCUCGACUAGAGAACGGAGAACCACGAGGGCAUCCGAACAUCAUGGAUGUAGCGCUGCCUGAAGCUCAGUGGAACAUUGAGGACACCACCGAAUAUGAAGCCAUCAUCUCUGGCCUGAUCUCGGAGACAUCGUACUCGGUUACGGUUGCGGCGUACACCACCAGAGGAGACGGAGCGCGGAGCAAAGCCAAGGUCAUCAAAACCACAGGAGCAGUUCCGGGUAGGCCCACCAUGCUCAUUAGUAUCACAGUGGGCAACACCGCCCUCAUCCAGUGGCAGCCUCCGAAGGACAUGCCGGGCGAGCUGAUUGGUUACCGUCUACGCUACAAACGUGCAGAUGAGGAAAAAUUCACGGUGCAUAAUUUUGGGAGCAAGGACGACCACUACACGGCGACGGGUCUCUUCAAGGGUGCCACCUACAGCUUCCACUUGAGUGCCAAGAACCGCGCAGGCAUCGGAGAAGAGUUUGUCAAGAACAUAAGCACGCAGGAGGAAAUUCCCAGUGGAUUCCCGCAGAACCUGAGCGUGGUGGGACUGACCACUACAACCACCCGGCUUACAUGGGCGCCCCCAGCCCCGGCAGAGCGGAACGGACGGAUCACUCAUUACAUCAUCGUUUAUAGAGAUAUCAACAGCCAUCAGAAUUGCACCAAUCAUACAUCGGAGACCCACAUGAUGCUGCAUGACCUCCAGCCUGACACCACCUACGACAUCCGCAUCCAGGCUUUCAACGCCAAGGGGGGUGGACCCUUGAGCCCCAGCAUCCAGAGCAGGACCAUGGCCACAUCACCAGCUUUCGCAACAAGUUUUGGUGUCAAAACGGUAACGAAGACAUCCGUCCUUCUGACCUGGGAGCUUCCAGAGAACUUCAAGUCUCAAGGGCUUUUUAAGAUUUUGUACAAUCAGCAGAGUGUGGAGGUUCAGGGCAACAUGAAGAGGAAGCUGAUCACAGGCCUGAAGCCCGAUACUAAUUACUCGUUUGUGUUGAUGAGUCGAGGGAACAGCGCUGGAGGACUGCAGCAGCAAGUCUCCAUUCGAACCGCUCCGGAUCUCCUCAAAACCAAACCCGUCCUCUUCAAAACCGACGAGAACAAUGGAGGAAAAAUCACCAUCAACCUUCCCAAAGUGGCAACUACAGCACUGAUCAGUUGGUAUUACAUUGUGGUUGUGCCAAGCUCGCUGAUGUCUUCACGCAGGUCGGAAAAUCCAGAUGAGAUGGAGCUUGAUGAGCUUCUCGAGGUCGGCAAAGUUUUUCCAGCGAGGCACCGGCGUCGUCGGAGUUACACUGAAAUUCCGAGACCAUACAUCGCCGCUAAGCUGGAAAACCUUCCCAAGAUGUUCACGCUUGGAGACGAACGUGAAUAUAAUGGUUUCUACAACCGCCCAGUGCCUAGCAACCAGCAGUACCAGUGCUUUGUCAUGGCUGAGAUGAAGGAGCAGCACCUUCCUAACGCCAACGAGAAGCAGCGUAUUUUCUCCUCCAGCCCGUACUCAGACCCGGUGACGGUGAAGAGCGAUAGCAUGACUCGCAGCAUAGAUUCCCCCGAGAUGUUGUGGGUGAUGGGGCCGGUCCUCGCCGUGGUGCUCAUCAUCAGCAUCGUCAUCGCCAUUAUCCUUUUCAAAAGGAAGCGAGCAUCUCCGUUACCUAAAGACGAACUCCUGAGCGGGGUGAAGGACUCCCUCCUGGCGAACUCAUCUGAUCCUGUGGAAAUGAGGAGAAUCAACUAUCAGACGGCAGGUCCCAGCACUUCCUGCUGCCCCGACACUCCAAGAAUGAGAGAACAUCCUCCCAUCUCCGUGUGUGAGCUGGCUGACCACAUCGAGCGCCUCAAAGCCAACGACAACCUGCGUUUCUCUCAGGAGUACGAGUCCAUUGAUCCUGGGCAGCAGUUCACCUGGGAGAACUCUAACAUGGAGGUGAACAAACCGAAAAACCGCUACGCAAACGUCAUCGCCUACGAUCACUCCAGAGUCGUGCUGACCUCCGUGGAUGCUGUUCCAGGCAGCGAUUACAUCAACGCAAACUACAUUGAUGGCUACCGCAAACAGAACGCGUACAUCGCCACACAGGGCCCUCUGCCCGAGACGCUCAGCGAUUUCUGGAGGAUGGUGUGGGAGCAGAGGACCAACACCAUCAUCAUGAUGACCAGACUGGAGGAGAAAUCACGGGUGAAGUGUGACCAGUACUGGCCGGUUCGUGGAACAGAAACGUACGGAAUGAUCCAGGUGACCAUGUUGGAUACGGUGGAGCUGGCGACGUACAGCGUGCGCACAUUUGCACUUUAUAAGAACGGCUCCAGUGAGAAGCGGGAGGUGAGACAGUUCCAGUUCAUGGCGUGGCCGGAUCACGGAGUACCCGAGUACCCCACACCCAUCCUGGCCUUCCUGCGCAGGGUUAAAGCGUGUAACCCUCCCGAUGCCGGGCCCAUGGUGGUGCACUGCAGCGCUGGUGUGGGUCGCACUGGCUGCCUCAUCGUGAUCGAUGCCAUGCUGGAACGUAUGAAGCAUGAGAAGACGGUGGACAUUUACGGCCACGUGACGUGCAUGCGCUCUCAGAGGAACUACAUGGUGCAGACGGAGGAUCAGUACAUCUUCAUCCACGAAGCGCUGCUGGAGGCGGCAACCUGCGGCGUCACCGAGGUCCCAGCACGAAACCUCUACACACACAUCCAGAAACUGGGCCAGCCGCCGCCCGGAGAGACCAUCAGCUCCAUGGAGCUCGAGUUUAAGAGGCUGGCCAACUCCAAAGCUCACACAUCACGCUUCAUCAGCGCCAACCUGCCGUGCAACAAGUUUAAGAACAGACUGGUGAACAUCAUGCCGUUUGAGUCGACGCGUGUGUGUCUGCAGCCAAUCAGAGGGGUGGAGGGGUCUGACUACAUCAACGCCAGCUGCAUCGACGGUUACAGACAGCAGAAAGCGUACAUCGCCACUCAGGGUCCUCUGGCUGAGACCACGGAGGAUUUCUGGAGGAUGCUAUGGGAGCACAACUCCACCAUUGUGGUGAUGCUGACCAAACUCCGUGAGAUGGGGCGGGAGAAGUGUCAUCAGUACUGGCCGGCCGAGCGCUCCGCCCGUUAUCAGUACUUCGUGGUCGAUCCCAUGGCUGAGUACAACAUGCCUCAGUACAUCCUGAGAGAGUUUAAAGUCACCGACGCCAGGGACGGCCAAUCACGGACGAUCCGCCAGUUUCAGUUCACUGAUUGGCCGGAGCAGGGCGUGCCGAAGACGGGCGAGGGAUUCAUCGAUUUCAUUGGCCAAGUGCAUAAAACCAAGGAGCAGUUCGGCCAGGAUGGACCAAUCACUGUGCACUGCAGUGCGGGAGUAGGCAGGACCGGAGUGUUCAUCACUCUCAGCAUCGUUUUGGAGAGGAUGAGAUAUGAAGGAGUGGUGGAUUUAUUCCAGACGGUUAAAACUCUGCGCACUCAGAGACCUGCCAUGGUGCAGACCGAGGACCAGUACCAGCUGUGUUACCGAGCAGCUCUGGAGUAUCUGGGGAGUUUCGACCACUAUGCAACGUAACGCUGCGGGACUUCAGCUACCGGGAUCUAAAAAAAAAACAAGAAGAAGAAGAAAAAACAUUUUGGAGUGUGUGUGUGUGUGUGUGAGUGAGAGAGGUCUGACACACAGCACAGCUUCUUUCCUGACUGGCUUGCAUUCAGAUUCAGCAGCUCUAAAUUCUUAAUUACACACACACACACACACACACACACAAACAGCUACUGGUAGCGUUUUUUUGUUUGUUCGUUUGUUUGUAAUCCUUAAAUUUUAUUCUGACUUUUAUUUAGAAUAUUUUAAUGUUUUAAUAAUCCUUUAACACCUUUCUCGUCUUAACGGCCUCGGCGCCUUUUCCUUUCCCACAAAACGGUACUGUUUCCUUUUUUAUUUAAUGUUAAUUGUAAAUUUGUUUCCUGUUCUUGUCAUUUCUGGUUAUUUUAGCGCACAGAGUGUGUGACUUUAACACGUACUAAUCCAAGAGGACCACUGUUCUCAGAGCUGCUGUCGGAUUUAAUUCAUAACGCUGUUUUGUUGUGGGUUUUUUUUCUUUUUUAUAUGAUUUGUAAUCUUUGUUAUUAUAAAUAACUGUUUCUUUGUAGGAAAGAAAAUAUUGAAGAGGGGAAAAAAAAAUCAACAGAGAGAUUUACAGCAAACAGUAACACUAAACACACGCCACGACGGAGUUUCGUGCGUAAAGGUGUGCGCUGAUAUUUGAUAUUCUUUUUACAUCACGAUAAGUUUUAUCACAAUCUCAACAUCGUUUGUUUGUUCGUUCCAGUUUUAAAUAAUUAAUCUCCACCUCCAUCCACUGGUUCUGUAACUGCUCACGCUAAUCCUGCUGAUUGGACGGAGCUGGGUCAUGUGACUGCCACCUCCUUCUGCGGAAUGUUUGCUAACGAAAUCGCGUGUUAAAUAUCGUGAUGUACGGCGUAUUUGAUUAUCGGCGCACACCUGUACAAGGCGUAAAAAUCUAUAAAAUGAUACGUUUUGAUCCUGAGUCUGACUUCUCAUCCAUGUGUACAGUAUUACCUGCUCCACAAGUGAACUUUUUAUACAGAAAUAUAGAUAUAUAUAUAUAAAUAAAUAUAUAAAAAUAUAAAUAUAUGCAUAUAAAUAUGAGAAAUUAUAAAUAUUAUUCAUACAGUAUAUAUACAGCUACAGAUAUAUGAUCAGUCGAGUCGUCGAUUCUCCGGACGAACGCGAUCAGGACGUACCAACUACAGAGACUGCUGGAGGUGAAUUUGUAUUAAUCCUGCGAAAAGUAAUAUCUACUGUAUUAAUCCUAACACACACCCGCACGUGUGGGUGUGUGUGAGAGUGUGAGUGUGUUCUCUUUGAUGAAGCACAGCGGAGGCCUGAUUAUAACCACACACUACGUUGGCCAAAAGUUUCCUUUAUACCUUGUGAAUGGUUCGUGCUGUAGGGGUUUAACUCUGUUGUAUACGCACUCUGUUUUCUAUUUGUUAAUAAUAAGAAGAAAAAAACUGGAAUUCAAAAACUUGAUGUUAAUAAAGUUGAAUAAUUGUU